CCGUGUGAAAAUAGCAGGUCAAAAGUUCUCAGUUCUUAGUGCAAAAGCAGCCAGGGGCACUCAGGCCAGCAUGGAGGCAGAAAGAAUGGACAGAGAGCAAGUUUAAUUCUAAGCCUUUGGGGGCUGAGCUGUUAACUUCUGGAUUUGGAGCGGUGCCGGCCGGUGCCUGCAGGCCAGAAGAGCACAGCGUCGAAGCCGUGACGGGCUCACACGCCGCCGCGUCCGUGGGCUCAGGGCAUUUUUGUGAAAGAGGAUGAAAGCAAGACUGUGAGGAAAGAAGAACCCAGCCUCAGUUUUACCACCUUCGCCCACUUGGAAAGUCCAAAGUUAAGCCACAGCAUCUAAAGGCACUUUUCCGGGGGGCCGGAUGGAGAGCAUGGCUCGGAAUGCUUCUUUCCCCAACUUGAAGGAGAGCCGCUGGGUGUCCUACAACGACUCCAGUGCCGGCGGGGAGCCCCCCACGAGUGAUGACUGGCUCCACCCGGGGGUCCUCUAUGUCAUCCCUGUGGUUUAUGGGCUCAUCAUUCUCAUCGGCCUCGUGGGCAACAUCACCCUGAUCAAGAUCUUCUGCACCGUGAAGUCCAUGCGAAACGUGCCCAACCUGUUCAUCUCCAGCCUGGCGCUGGGAGACCUGCUCCUCCUGGUGACGUGUGCCCCGGUGGAUGCCAGCAGGUACCUGGCCGACAGAUGGCUGUUUGGCAGGAUCGGGUGCAAACUGAUCCCCUUUAUCCAGCUUACCUCGGUGGGGGUGUCUGUCUUCACGCUCACAGCUCUCUCGGCAGACAGGUACAAAGCCAUCGUCCGGCCCAUGGAUAUCCAGGCCUCCCAUGCGCUGAUGAAGAUUUGCCUCAAAGCCGCCCUGAUCUGGAUCAUCUCCAUGCUGCUGGCUGUCCCGGAGGCUGUGUUUUCUGAUCUACACCCUUUCCACGAGGAGAGCACCAACAAGACCUUCAUUAGCUGUGCCCCGUACCCACACUCCAAUGAUCUGCACCCCAAAAUCCACUCCAUGGCUUCCUUCCUGGUCUUCUACAUCAUCCCACUGUCAAUCAUCUCGGUCUACUACUACUUCAUUGCCAAAAAUUUGAUCCAGAGCGCUUACAAUCUGCCCGUGGAAGGAAAUAUCCACGUCAAGAAGCAGAUCGAAUCCCGGAAGCGACUUGCCAAGACCGUGCUGGUGUUCGUAGGCCUCUUUGCCGUGUGCUGGCUCCCCAACCACGUCAUCUACCUGUACCGCUCCUACCACUACUCUGAGGUGGACACCUCCAUGCUCCACUUCAUCACCAGCAUCUGCGCCCGCCUCCUGGCCUUCACCAACUCCUGUGUGAACCCAUUUGCCCUCUACCUACUGAGCAAGAGUUUCAGGAAACAGUUCAACACGCAGCUCCUCUGUUGCCGGCCUGGCCUGCUGAGCCGGUCUCACGGCACCGGCAGAAGCACUACCUGCAUGACGUCCUUCAAGACGACCAACCCCUCUGUCGCCACCUUCAGCCUCAUCAACGGCAACAUCUGUCACGAGGGGUUUGUCUAGACCGACCCUUGAGCCUGCCCCACCAGGGACCCCUGGCUUCGCUUUAUGGCUGGUAAGGAACCCUCACAUAUGUCAUCUCUGUGCCCUCCCAAGACCCUUCAGCAGGCUCGUGAGUGGUGUGGGCAGGAUGAAGAGGCCCACGUGGGUCGCUAUUAUGUCAAAAGUCCCAGCAAGUUUUGCUUUUUCCAUUUCCACUUGUGAAUAGAGCAACCAUUCCCUUUAUACAAAAAGGACCAAAUAGAAAAUCAUGGCUUUAAGCAGCAAACCCUGAUGUACAGGUGUGGCCAAUUAAGUCAUAGAAAUGCUGUCUCACAGAGAAAUUACACACUCAAGGUCCACUCGGUGAAAGACUUCACCUGGUCAUUUCUUAAAGCAGAAGCUAGUGCUUUCAGAAUGUAAUUUGAGUGAUUGUUCGGGAAUAUUUCUAGUCAUAAACCAAGGAACAAUUUUUAUUUACACUUGUAACCUGAAAAGUCAACCCUCUGAAAGCACCCCAGGUGGGAGAGACAGCCCCAAACUGACAACACUGGAACCCAGUUUAAAACAAAUUCCUAACAGUCGAUUUUUUUUUAAAGAUUUUCCUGAGGACCUCAGGAGAAACAGGCAAUUCUAAGUCAAAAACACGACCAAAUACAUAAGCAAGCACAUAAGAGCCAGGUGUGGCUGUGGGGUGAGGCCUUCUACUCUGAAUUCUAACUCGAUAAAAAAUACUGGACUAAAAUCUUUUUCUUUUGCUGAGUAAAAGAAUUGGACUAUCUUGCUUUAGCAGACCUGACUCAAGCACAGGCCAGUCCUGACAGAUGGCGAAUGUGUUACCCACUUUCAGAUAAAUGCAAAUUCUGCAAAUGUGCCUCAUGUGUAUCCCGUGCGCCCCAAGACAAUGGCAGCUGUGGCUCUCUCCACCCAGAGGUGGCCGAAAGCUCAGCUCUCUUUUGCACACAUCGUGUUAUAUGACUUUUACCUCUUGAUGGGAGCAUGUGCUCGUGGUCCGCAGAGCUCUAGAAGCCAGGAGCAGACGGGGGACAGAUCUGUGUUUCCAGCCGAGCUGGCUGGAGGGCAACCUCGUCACUUCUGGCCGAUGCACGCACUUCAGUCCAUGCACAAGCUUGCCUGCUAGUCCCCAAGUUCCUUGGACAGUGUGAAGAGCAAGGUGGGUGGCGUGGCUGACAGAAGCAAGGUUUUUAGAUUGACAUCCCAACUCUGUCUCCAGCUAUGUGACCUUGGCUCUCAAUUUCACUUCCUUAGCCUCGUUUCCUCAUCUCUAAAUUGAGAGGACGAGGUGAAGGGUCUUUCUGUGGCUAACAUCCUCUGAGUCUCUGCAUGAUCCUGUCUCUCCGGCAUUUGCGCGCCCUGCCCUCAUGAUGCCUCUGGGGCGUUAUGAACCCACCUGCCCACAGCUGCCCCACAGCUGCUACCUCUGCAAUACUCUCUUCAGACACGCCGGCCCCCACGCUCAUGUCACCUUAGUGGUCUGGAAGGAGAUGGGCCAUUCUGUCACUUCCAGGGGCUCCUCGGAAUCAUUUGUAUGACUGACACCCCGUGGUUGUGCUUUGGAAUCAAAGCUAGAACACACCUAAGAAAACAUCCCCCGCCCCCACCUCAUGAUGCCCUUCCUCAACCUUCAUGUGCCUGUGACCUUGAACGACUUACUGCUCUAUCAUGUCACCCUUGGAUUUCUUCACAACUCCACACCUAGUUAGUAGCUACGGAGUAUGGUGUUCUUGGUACCUAGCAUGACCCAUUCAAGUACCUCUGACUACCUGCUUCCAGAGACAUUUGGGGGCAGGACUCAUCUUAAUGUCAGCUCUCCUUCCUAGCUUCUGGACAAACCGUGAGGAGACUGACGUCUAGGCCUAGCUGUGUGUCCUUAGGUAAAUCUUAUCACCUCUUUGACACUCUUGAGUGAACAGGCAGGAGGAGGUCUUUGCCAGCCAGUGACCUGGAACUGGUAAAUCCACUGACGAUCGACUAAACCUCAUUGGGAUGGGCUGAACUGAGCCCUUCUCUAGGGAAGUUAAAUUUUUAUUCCACCUCAAGAACUUAAAAUCACUUGGGUGAGAGAGACCCAAGUCCCCGUGUGAUGUCACCUCUCCGCUAGACCCAACUGUGGCAGGGGGCUGGAGCACAGACAUUUCACGCCUGGCUUCCAAAGGUAAUCAUGUUUAGUGCUUAUGUCUUUGGCGAGGAAAAAAAAUCAAUUUUUGCUGUGGAAAACCAUCUGUGUUUAUUCAAUUGACAGACACUACCUUUCAAUCUAUCUUAAAUUGAGCCUCCCCGAGGCAGGCAGCUCAACAGUGAUAGAUUAAGCAAUAAACAAAGCACUCUUUCCACCAACGGCUGCCACUGGCAGGGAGCGAUGCUCCACAGCAACAUGAUCCUCCCAGCUGGGUGCCAACAAGGCCACUUCCUGUGGUUGAUUUCAUGAUUCCCUGUAAAUAUGGAUGGCUCAACCCUGUUCUUCUGGCCGCCCUCACUCCCCACUGAACCCGACCUUUUGCCUCAUUACCAAGCCCUGGGUUUCUCGCUUUACCCCAAAGCAAUUUGGUUUCAUCUUGAAAGAUGGAGAACCUUGGGUAAAUAAAGUUUAGAAUCUGCUUCAGUCAGCUCAGCUUGUGCUGAAAAUACACUGAACAGAAAUGAAUAAGCUUGUGCACAGGACAUGCACACACUUGCGUGAUGACGUCUUCACGUAUGCCCAAAGCAGCAGUCGGUAAUCUGUCUCGGAAUCUAUUCAUGCACCAAGUGGCUUUCAGUAAGAGACAUUAUUGUUGUUUGGGGACUACGAGUUCAAUGACAUCUUCAUUCUGCAGACUCAAAGAUGGCUAAGUCACUUUUCCCAGAAGCCAGAUUAGAAAUGCGCGCCCUGGGAACCUGACUAUGUGUUGAAUGAAGAGAACCAAGAUGAGCUGGGAGGGAGGCAGACUUCCUUGCCACUAGUGCACUUCACACUCACAGCAGGGAGCAGCCGUUGUCAGAGGACAACUACGACUCACUCUGGAUUGCUGGGAGGAACCAGAACAUUUUGCACCUUUGUCUAAUUUUUCACUGAAUUUUCAUCAAAUGGAUUUACAGCUGAAAUCAAAGGAAUUCUUGACACUUCUGGGACCAGGCUUUGUGUUAUCUCUUCAGUGAAGCCAAGUCUUAGCAAGCUCUACUCUAUUCUCUAUCUGGAGGGUCAUUCCACUCAGCCCCCACCUCGGCCCCCCACCCCCCCACUCAACACAAACAGGACUUUAAUGUCAAGCAAUCUCUUACCAUAACCUUGGCCUUGACAGAUGUCCUUGUUUCUGUGGGGACUGAGCGUGAACUCCAGCUGGAUAUAUCCAGAGCAGUCAACAAGUACCAU